AUUGCGCAGAAAUGAAAUGGGGUUAUCAAACGAUAUGCAAACAUUAAGUAAAAACAUAUUGCAAAUAUUUGUUGCUCCCACGCUAAACCAUUUCCUCCCUAUUUCAUCACCACAAUCAACUUUGAGCCUGCAUAGUUUAUACAUCUACAUAAUUCAUUGAAUAUCAAAAUCGUCAGAUUUUUGAAGUGGAAUUGUCAAUAUUUAAGAAAUCUCUAUCAAGUCCAUGGAACUCCAACCACAAUUUCCCAAUUUGCCCCACCUUGGACCAACGCCAUUCUUUGUCGGAAGAGAGAAAGAACUAAACCAAUUAAACAACUUGUUCAAACCUCGGACAGAAAUUCAGACUGUGCUCAUCUCCGGCCUUGGGGGUGUAGGCAAGACAGAGCUGGUAAAAAAAUUCGUGGCAACUUAUACCGUUGUUUCCAACAUUUGCUGGCUUUACCCAUCCCAACAAGAAUUUGAAAAUGAAGAAUCCAAGCAAAAAAUUAUGGACAAAAUUUAUGCGAAAUUUACCCAAAACAAGUCUAAAGAUUUUCCCGAUAUUCAAAAUUCGAAUGAAUUGAUUACUAACAAUAACCAUACAAAUCCGGUUCUUGUUAUCGAUGAUAUCAGCGAAAUGCCUUCCUGGCUUAUCAAUUUUACCAAAACGCUAUCCGACCGCUUAAAUUGUUUCACAAUUAUUACCACGCAGUUAAGAAACUUAGUCCCAAGUAAUAAAUCCAAUGGCUCCAUCCAUUUGUCCGGGUGGAAUUUACCAGAGACGGAAACCUAUCUAAAUCUAACGCUCCGUGCCCCCCAAUCCCCCGAGGAAAUUAAGCAAGUCCGCGAUGCCUUCGGCGGACAUCCCCUCACCAUCCAACAAGCCGUUUGCUACAUUUUAAACGAACAAGUGUCCUCACUGCAAGGCAAAAGUUACGGAUUAUCCCAUUUUCUCGAGGAGUACUUGAAAAACAGAAAUGUUUCACUGUUAAGUGAUCCAUUGGAAUUGGAAAGCUAUCAAAAGACCACACUAACCAUGUGGGAUAACGCAUUGCAAAAUAUUGAAACAAACUACGGUCUUCAUGGGAAAAUAGGCUAUGCAAUUUUGCAGAUUUUCGGAUUACUUAAAAUUACCCGGGUGGAUGAUGAGUCCGACAUCAUUCCCUUUGUCAAGAAUUCAAGAGAAAUGAAGAUGAAAGUCUCCAAGUUUUCCAAAACUACAAAACCGUCGCUUGACGAAACUCGAACAAGACGUGGCAGUACUUCAAAACGGAAGGAUGUCCUAUAUGUUUAUGGCUAAUGUUGCUCCUCAGCUUCCACUUGCGGUUCCACACCCAAACGAAACUGCAAGAUGACCAAGAUAUAGGUUGUCACAUUUGUGACAGCUGCAGCCAGAAAGGACAGCCCUAUCUUCGUCACACCGCAAGCUCUUAUACCGGUUGAUAAAGUCCCGACUUUUUGCAGAAAAAUUGAAACCUAACCAAACAAUAAAACAACCGUAAAACUUAUUUAAGACCCUAAGACAGAUAUUACUUAUGUGGAAUGUACUUGAUGUUUCUCCUCGACCGUGAGAUGUAGAUGUGAAGCCUUUCCAAUUAUUUCGGCAGAAUCAGCAUUAAGACAAACACGGCAAUAAAGCCAUGGAUAGUGGAUAAUGCAUAGAAUCCAGUCACCGUGCUGAAUUUGCUUUCUCGCUUGACGUUGAAAAUUCCCAUGCGAAGAGCUCCCGUGUAAAUGGCACAAGUGAUGGAUAGCAGACUGGAUAGGCAUACGAUAAGGACAGACAUUCCGAAACAAUCCCCAAUCAAGCGGGAAAUUCUGCACAGAGUUUCAUGAGAAAUUCUUAAAUGUUCUAGUUGAUCUGCCCGUGUCGUCGCCAGUUUGGACACUGUCAAUCUGAAAUUACACGAAAAUUAAUCACCUGUCCGAGUCACAAGCAAUUUUAGUCUUGAAUUUGGUACCGGGUCAUGUCCUUCGUACUGCUCGGGGCCAUCAGGUCCCUUAAAUCUGCUCCAAUAUGUUUAUGAAGUAACCAAACUAUUGUACAAAAUCCAGAAAAGAGUGAAGCAAAUCCCAUAUUGUACAAUGUUAAGGAGGCAUACGAAACUUUCUGAAAAACUAGAAAACCAUCAGAAAAAGGGCAUGGUGGCUUCGUUUUCAACAAAUCCUGGUCACUUCCGGUCCCACCGCCUUUCCUCAUUUCCGAAAUUGCUGACCCAUCACCAAGAAAACACCAGCGGAAGACGAAGUACAAAAAAUAGGUGGCAUAAAGAAUCCCCGAUGAACAUGUUACUCCGACAAGGAGAAAGUUGACUCUUCUCAAAAUACCAAAAUUUUCAUAAAUCCGAGACUUUAACGGGGCUGCAAGAAAAUAUAUUUUUCAAAUAUCUAGCUUAAAAAACUUAAAAAAAUGGCUUACUCAUAUAAAUCCUGUCUUGAUAGACACGCUGGAUAAGGGCCCAAACCCUUUGCAACUUUCUCCUGCUUAAUAGCGCAUUCAUGAGUAUGCCACUCGCUUGAAGGUAAAGCAGCUCUACUUGAAGUCCAAAUGUGUAGAGAUCCGUCCCAUUAAAAUAUAUUUUCAGUAUGGUAGUUGCAUUUAUAAAGAACCAAAUUGUGAUCGUGAUGAAAUGCGCCAUCACGAUCACGUUGAUUAGCGAUGGGACGCUCAGAAAUUUUACGGACAAUGCGCAUUGACAGGGAUGUGCCGUUUCUGGCGGUGUGCUAUUCUCCAAGGAUUUCGAGUCGUCAGGUUCCAUAUGAUAGAUAUGAGUUGAUCCGUCAUUUCUUGCCUCCAAAGUCCCAAUAUUGACCGCAACGUAUGCAAUUUGCUCGCUUAACAUCAAUGGCGGAGAUGACGAUGCCUGAAACACUUGUUCUUUGGUGUGGACAAAUUGUGCCGGAACGAUGCCAAUUAUCUGACACAGGGUAAAUAUGGGUUUUAUGCACCAACAGAGACAGCGGUCAGGGUCUGUCGGCCAUUGUGCAAAUUGUGGGACCCUUUCCGAUCUGGUUAUUCGGGGAUUUGGCCAAAUCACGGUUGGAUAUUUCCGAAAAAAUGCCAUUUCAGUGGGCUUCAAGUCGUUAGUACGAAUUCUUUGGGGCAUAUUGAAUGGAAAUUUUGUAUGAGAAUUAUGUAAGUAAUUAAAAACUGCAGGUAUGUGCAAUAGUGUGCUCUUCCUUCCUUACUGAAAGAAAUAUGCAAUACUGAUGACUUGCGGAAAUUGCGUGGAGAGCAGAUAUUACUGGUUAUUAGAGAAGAGACAUGUUUGUUAAUCAAUUUCGGAUCAAUUAAGGAAAUUGAGACCUUUCCGUUUAAUGAUUGUUUACAAGAUGAUGGAUUAUUCCAUUUUAUUAAGCUCAGUAGCUACAUACAUACAUAGAUUAGUCUAUUACGAUAAGCAACCUCCCACCAAAAGGGAAGGGUUUAAUCAUGGAAUGUAUCAUAUCAAUUUUCCCAAAUCCAAUUUGUUAGAGUGUAGAAGUGAUAUUUCUGUCUUAAUUGGAUUAUGUAGUUUUCACAUACAUAUGGACUUUAGCAUACUAAGGUCUUCCUUGUCUCUUACUUGUUUGAUCAGAUACAGACCUAUGAUAAAAUUUUAUUUCCUGUUAAGAAGUUGGUACCUAUUUUUAUAAUUGCAUGCAUAAUUGCAUAUUUACUACCUACAAUGCGUAGGUUUGAAGUAGUUUACUCUAAUUUUGACCCGACUAAUUUUAAAUUGUUAACGCACAGAAAUGUACGUGGAUCCAUAUUUUUGCAUUUUCUUGAAUGCGCGUUUUUUCCCUGUGCCGGAAUUUCUGAAUAAAUUUUUAGCAAAAAUCAGGGUUUUUCGAAAUUAUGUGUACUGACUCAUUUAUAGCAAUAUAUUCAUAUCAUAAAUAUGUGUCUGUACAUAAACGAAAUAUUCAAUUUCAGGUACCAUAUGGUCUAAUAAUACUUACACAUAUAGUUAUCCAUUAAGUUAUGUAUGCAUGUAAGUUUAUAAGAUUUAUAUUAUAUUUAUGCUAAUUUGUAUAUGUACAUAGUAUAAUAGCUGUCAGAAUUUACUUACAUGGCACUUAUCAAUGAACAAUGCCGUAAUUAAAUAAAUUAUCUCCAAAUUCGAUUCGCGUAUAAAUAAUUGCACCAUGCAAUUUGCACGUGAUCACGUACAAAAAUUAUAGUGCCCACUAUUUUAGAUUUCAGAAUUCUUGUCCCCAGUACUGCCAGAAAUCUAACGUAAAACCGUGACCAUGGCAGCCAGCAAGAUACUUUGUCUCAUCAUCGUCCUCGUCUCCCCUCUAGCAUCUCGAAGUCAAAAAUACAAUUCUGAUUCCUUGGUCACUAUAAAAAGUGGUGGAACUUCUAGCUUGAUCAAAGGUUGUCUAACACAAGCAGAACCAGUUGGUGUGUGGCAGUGUGAUGGGCGGUCAACUCAAAAAUGGCAGCUGAAUACGGACAAUACCCUCCAAGCCUUUGGAACCUCGACCUGUCUAGAGCUAAAGGAAGGGGCAAAUACAGCACAUCUGAAAACUUGCGACUCCAGCAUCGAAAGACAAAAAUGGUUCCAUAGUUGCAACCUGGAUAAAGCCGUCUGCUUUGUGAAGAGUUCAACGAAGCAAUGUCUUCAAGAGGAUAAGAAAAUUGGAGUCAGGGCCGUCGUGGAGGAUUGUGAUGCAGGAUUCCAUUGGAGUAUUCAGACUGCUAUAUAAAUGAACUUUUUGUUUUGAGCUGGACAAACCGAUGGUUAAAACGAUUAAAUGAAAUCCAAUUGACUAGCGCAAUCUAAUCUUGAAAAUAAAAAUUUACUUUCGUCUUUGUUAUUUAAAUGAGUGAUGAACGAUAAAUACUUACAUAAUGUAAAUAUUUACGUAUGUAUGUAUGACAGAUUGGCUACCAAAAUCAUACAACUCAAUUAAGAUUUAAUUAAUCUGGCUGAUAAGAUAAUAUAAAAUUUAAUUUCUUGUGCGUAUUUACUAAUUAAUUUACGAUUGUCACAUUGUACCCGUAAAUAAAAAUUCGUGGCCAGAAAUCGGGCCUCAAUUCGCUCAGUC